AUGGGUGCGGGGGAGGUGAGAAACACUAUGCUCACCUCGGUUAGCGGCGGAGAGCGGCGGCGGCGGCGGCGACGGCAGAGCGAACCAAGCCUGCACAAGCUAGGGCACGGUCCAGCGACUCCUCCCAGCGACGGCGAUGGCCGGGACAGGUCGGGGACGACAGCGGCGGGUCCCCAGAUGCCGGAGGAGGAGAAGGCUCGGUUUGCAGACCUGGGCGGCGACGCCCAAGGUUCAGGGCGGCGGCGGCGACCCUUCCAGCCGGGGGAGGGGGUGCCAGAGGCCGUGGUGGAGGCCGCGGGUGCAGUUCCAGGCGACGAGGGCGCGGGGGUGGAGCUGCCAGGUCUGCUCGGCCCGAGCAAACCUGGGGCGGCCGCGGGUGACAGAAGAUGCGGCGGCGGCCAGCAGGGUCGACGGCAACGGCGCGCGGGGGUCGCCGGGGCUCCGGGGAGGGUGGCGGGGGUGAUCUCAACCGACGGCAGCGCGGGGAAGAAGCCGCAGGCUUGA